UCGAUUGGUUGAGUCCGGCUCUUAAACCGGAAGUGUUGGGAGCCAGCGAGGGUACGAGUAGAAUGCAAGAUGGUGGCCACCAGACGAGGAGUCACCGUGAGCUCCCCAACUAAAAUAAACCCCGACCAGUCCUCCGAUGUCCCGGCCACUCCUAGUCGGAGAACCAGGAGCACUGCUGUGCAGAAACCUUCAGAAAGCCCGACCCGAUGCGCCCCGGAGGAAACCAGCAGCCAGCUGGAGAAAACCAAGGGACACCUCGCUUCGUCUCCACCCGCGUCCCUGCUAAAAAGAUGCACAAGAGCCGCCAGACUGCACAGUCCGGACCAGCCAUGCACGGCGGUGGGCUCGGUCCACGACGGGGACGUGUCCGACGUGGACUCCGUCUGCUCCGUGACGUCCAACGCCGAACCACCGAUGACGCGCACCAGGGGGAGGAGGAGGCCGCUCCACCCGGUGAGCCAGGAAGAUGACGAGGUAUCCGAGGUGGAAUCGUGCUCUUCUGCGGUGUCCAAAACGAGUGUCCGCAGGAGCACAAGGAGGAAGGCGGCCCCGACGACCCCGGGGCCGGCUCUCGCUGGCGUCUGCUCGCCGUCCAAAUCCCAGCGAGUCACCAGGAGUCUCAGGAUGACGGCGUGCGACAGAGCGUCCGCCGUGCGACGAACCGAAGACUUGGAGCUCUCGGACGCCGACAGCUGCGUAUCCAGCGUCUCGGGGGCUGAAACGUCCAAGUCCACCGGCCGCAGAGCGACGAGAUCCAGGAGGCAAACCGGUUCGAUCCCUGCCUACCUGGACGACGCCUCCGACGCCUCUCAGUCACCGGCCUCGAGAGCUCGGCGGAGCCGGGCGGCGGCGGCUGUGGACGCCACGGAGUCCCAGUCCUGCGACUCCGAGGGGUUCGAGUCGGGGCCCCAAUACAGCCGGACGACACGCAGGCAGAGGAGGACCGAAUCGACCCGUUCCGGAAAUGUGGACUCUGACUCUGAGCCGACUGCGACAGGGACCCCCCGCAGCAGCCGCAGUGCUCGGGCCGCCAGGCACUCGCUCAUGGACUUGAGUAUUAUUUUGGAUAAAGCCGAGGUCAGUUCAAUCAAUGAUUCUACGUUAGAAAGUACAGUGGUCCUCGAGGGAGCAGACUGCACACUGGUGGAAGCGGACCAAACGCUGAAAGAAGGCGUGAUCUGUGCUGAUCUCGCACCAAGUGAGGAGGGGGGAGUAAUUGUCCUUUCAGAAGACGAAUCCCUCAAUGAGUCCCUCAAGAUAUCAGACAGUCCCUCUGCGGAAGCUCUAAUCAAACCCGCAGUGACUGACAGACGCCAGCAGGGGGAGCCGUGUGCUCAACAUGGGGACUGGGAAGUCUCAGAGAAGAUGAAGAUGAUGGACACAAUCCAGCCCUUGGAGCCGGGGAAACUUCUCCAAUCUGCUACAGUAACAUUGUGUGAGAGUGCUUUUGAAAUCCCACAGACGCCGGAGGAGCAGGAUGAAGCCAUGGAGGCUGCUGUAGAAGCCCACACGGAAACCGGGCCCGGUCAGGAGGAGAACUAUGCUGAAUCCAAUACGGUGCGAGUUGAGUCCAGCCAGCUCAGGAGUGUCACAGUGGAUUCUGACGCGGGACGGAGACCUGACGACAACGUCGGCGUCGAGAAUGCAAAAAUCAUCAGCCUGCUGGACAGCAGCGAGGAUGAAGUCUCUGAGGAUGAGGAGGUUGACGUUUCUUGGGAGGAGGAAGAAGAGAGAGCAGGAGCUUCCCACAAGUGGGAAGAAGCAGCAGCGUCGUCCUCUGGUGGACUGUUUGUGAUUGACACACGGCCGGGGCAGCAGGCGGAUGAGCAGUACUACAAGGAUAAGCUGAUGGAGGUGGAGCAGGAGGGGCAAGAUGAGGAGUUUGUUGAUGAGGAGGGGGAUGAUGAUGACGACGAAGAUGCAGAAUUCCUUUUCUCGAGUAGAAAUCCUCUGCUGAAGGAGAUGUCCAGCCGCAUCGACCCCGGCAUCAGACUGAAGGAGCUCGGGGGCUUGUACAUCAAUUUUGAUGGCAGCCAAUCAAAUCCUGUUUCCAGUUCACUGCGAAAACCAAAGGGAAUGGCGGUCCAGGAUGUGGUGAUGAAGAAGAGCGUGAUGGGACCAGACUUUGAGAAGCAGGACAUGGUGCCUCCGUACAGUGAAUCCAAAAAAGCCACGAAGUUGAAGAAUAGAACGGAGAGGGAGAAGUCAACAGGAGAUGCUUGGUUUAAUAUGAAAGCCCCCGAGCUGACCCAAGAGCUGAAAAGAGACCUGCAGGUCCUGAAGAUGAGAAGCUCCUUGGAUCCAAAGAGGUUCUACAAGAAGAACGACAGAGAAGGCUUUCCAAAAUAUUUUCAGGUCGGUACGGUGGAGGACAGCCCCAUCGACUUCUAUCACUCGCGUGUUCCCAAGAAGCAGCGGAAGAGAACGAUGGUGGAGGAGCUUCUCUCUGAUGCUCGGUUCAGACAGAGCAACAAAAAGAAGUACCAGCACAUUGUGACGGAAAGAGCGGCACAAGGAGCUGGCAAGAAGAAAAAAAGGAAUACAUUCCGUAAGAAAUAAAUCUGAGGACUUGACGGUGAUUCAAUUAAUUGACACCAGUAAUGUGGUUUUGGAUGAUAUUAAAAGCAGUGCUUUGUACAGUUAGCAGAGUGUAAAUGCUUGUAUGCAACUGAAACCCUUUUUAAUCAAAUGGAGUUUAAUAUUCCAAACAUGUAGCUGCAUAAUCAUAGUCUUUCUAAACAUAUGUGCAUCAUAUGAACAUUAAAAUGUCUUUGCACCAGUGAAAGUAAAUUCAACUCAAUUUUUAAA